UUCUUCUUAUGAGACUUGCCUUUAUUCGACGAUUUAGCAGUGCCCGCUUGCUUUGUAGGCUGUGAGGUCGGUUCGGAAGCCGAUGUGAUUGUAGAUCCAGACGUCACAGAAGCUGAUGCUGAUGUAGUCUUAGACGUAGGAGCCGAUGCCGUCGUAGGCUUGGACGUUGUUGUCUUGAUCAGUGUGGUGGGAACGUUAGAUGUCGUCGAGGCCGUCCCACUGGCAGUUUCAGUCGGUUCGCUCUCAGUAGACGAAUUCUCGGAAGCUGACUCUUCGGUCUCUUCGGUUGGGUCCUCCUCAUUAGAUGGGUCUUCAGUCGUUUCACCCUCUUCAGAUGGAUCUUCGGCGGAUGGCUCUUCAAUCUCAUCAGCUGGGGUAUCCUCUUCAGUUGGCUCCUCAGUCUCAUCAGCUGGGAUUUCCUCUUCAGUUGGCUCCUCAGUCUCAUCGGCUGGAAUAUCCUCCUCGGAAGGGUCUUCGGUGGUUGGCUCUUCAGUCUCAUCCGUUGGUUCGUCUUCAAUAGAUGGAUCUUCAGUGUUUGGCUCUUCAGUCUC